AUGGAGGCUGAGACGGAGCCACCGCAGCAGCAGCAGCAGCAGCUGAACGACACCCACCCGCCCCAAAUCGCAGUGCGGAAGCAGGGUCUGUAUGAGCGGGGCAGGUGGUCGACGCGCAUCCUGACCAUCGACGUCAACGCUGGCACGGUUACCAUCAGUCGAAAGGGCAAACCGCAGGAGGUCCUGUACCGCUCCCUCCAUGUCCAGAGGGUGGAGAUGUGGCCGCACUAUAGCCCGUACGCGAUCGAAUGCAACUAUGACUCCUUGAAGGCGAAGAUGGUGCUGUGCAUCACAGGCACGGAGGUCUCCCUCACGAAUCACAGCUCCCCCGUAGGCACUUUUCUGCGGAGUAAUAUCGGAUCACUCAUCUCCGCCUCCAUCACCGCGGACAACACGGCUUGGUCGGAGAAACCCUCGAAGCGCCUCGGACUGAAAGAUGUCUUUUCGAAGAAGCACCCUAUGCUUUCCCCAGCCCCCUCGAGCGCCGGCGCCACGGAUAGCCCGACUAUAACGUGGCUUAUACAGUUUACCUCUAUUGAGUCCUAUGAGCUUGCCGUGAUGCUAUUCAUGCGGUUUAAGGAUGAAGGCGGGUCGAGGCGGAAGGUCUUAUGGAACAACGUGGCGGCAGACCUGGAGUGCGUGAAGGAGGCGUGGAUAAAGCACGCGGCACACUUUAAGACCGCUACCGACGCCGAAACCGCCUGA